AAUAAAUGUGGCACAUUUAUUUUAUGGCAAAAUAAAAUGUUAAAUAAAAAAUAACAAAACUUUGUCAACAUCAGCACUGGUUAUAUGAGAGAUAUAAGCACAAUUUAAACAAACAAAUAAAUAAAAAAACUGAAACCAAAAAACAAAAAAAACAGCAGAGAAACGUCAUUGUAGUUGCAACAUCAUAAUCUGCAGCAUCAAUUCUUUGCUGCUCAACUCAACUUACGCACACAUAAAACAUAAAAUAGCAGGGGAAAUACAAUUUUUUAAAUUAAUUGUUAAAACCAAAACGUCAGUUGAAGCUUAUACUACAGACAGUGAUUUAUUUGUUAAAUAGUCCACAAACGAAAAAAAUAUUGUUUAAAAAACAUAAGGUUUCAAGCGAUCUGUGUAUAUUUGAACACAGUUGUCAGUUUGACGUCAAAAAUUUGCCAGCGCAUUAAUUUUGUGUGUCAUUUUCUUCGAGUGUAUUUGAAUCGUUCGUCAUAAUGCGCGGCCGUCAUUUACGUAGACGCUUCAGUUUACAACCGUCCUUUAUGAAGGAUGACAAUGCUGAAGAUAAACCCACCAAACGUGACAAAGUUGGCCGCAAUAAUGCUGUUGAUGAUGCAAUUGGUCCCACAAAUGCACGUCACAAAAUUGUUGUCAUGGGUGCCGCUAAAGUUGGUAAAACCUCAAUAAUUACACAAUUUCUAUACAAUACGUUUACGACAAAAUACAAAAGAACCAUUGAGGAGAUGCAUCAGGGUAACUUUUCAAUAGCGGGUGUUAAUCUAACCUUGGAUAUAUUGGAUACAGCUGGUUCAUAUGAGUUUCCCGCAAUGCGUGCAUUGUCCAUAUCAUCGGCAGAUGCUUUUAUUCUGGUUUAUGAUGUCACAGAUGCAACCACCUUUGAAGAGGUUCGCAUGAUACGUGAUCAAAUUCAUGAGACUAAAGGCACUUCAGCUGUACCAAUUGUGGUUGUGGGUAAUAAAAUUGAUUUAGUGGGCGAAGACAGUGAUCUGAGAGAGGUUGAAUAUGCCACCACUGAAUCAGUUGUUACAGUAGACUGGGAAAAUGGUUUCGCUGAGGCAUCAGCCCGCCGCAAUGAAAACAUAACACAGGUGUUUAAAGAAUUAUUAUCCCAGGCUAAAAUCACUUAUAAUUUAAGUCCAGCAUUACGUCGCCGUCGUCAAUCGUUACCACAACAAGUGGGUAAUAAUGGUCCGGGCACACCAACACAUCAUCAUCAUCAGCAGCACCAUCAACAACCGCAUUCAUCUGCCUCGUCAUCCUCAUCGUCCGCGUAUGCUGGCUCCAUGGCACAUGCACCAACUGCAGCACAAUUGCAACAUUUGCAGAGGAUACAAGAGCGUAGUUUGGGUAGUAAACGUAAUUCCUGUACAAUUUCCUAAAAAUGUCAAAACUUAAAUAACCGCACACACAAACACACAUAUUCAUACACACAAAACUAA